AGUUAGAAAGUGGCUGUGGCUGACAACAUGGAGGAGCCCACACAUUUGACAGUUUUAAACAUGUCCAAAGUGGAAAUGUUGAGGACGGUGGUGAGUCAGCGUCUAAUGGCGGCCGCGGAGGAGAUAUUUGGUGUGUUUGAGAGAACCAUAGUGGAGUACGAAGAGGAACUUUUUCUUUCAAAGCGGGAGAACGAGCGACAGCGCAGACUACUGGACAACAUUCUGAAUCCUGAAGUUCGCUUACACAGAGCAGUAUUAUCUGCAGAUCUUCAACAGGACCCAGAGCCCCUGCACAUUAAAGAGGAGAAGGAGCAACCCUGGAGCAGCCAGAAGGGAGAGCAGCUUCAAGGAGCCAUCCCUGUGAAGAGUGACGACGAUGAAGAGAACGCUCCGACCUUGCAGCUUUAUCUAUCUCAAACGGAACAGAACAGAGAGCCUCCAGCCAGCAGCUCAGAUCAACAGAUGGACACUGUGUGUGUAGGAGAGGACCGUGGAGGAUCAGAACCAACCAGGAGCUUAGAUCCAGGAAGUGAUACACAAGCUAAUAAUGAUGAGACUCCGGACUCUUCCCAACAAGCUGGCAGCAGUGAUGAUUUGAAGCAGAGCAGGGAACAUCAGUCAGAUUUAAACGCUGUGAUAUCAAACCAGACCCAGACAGGUGUAUCUGUCAGUCAACCAGCCGAUGACGACAGGACUUCAGACUCCUCUGAGACUGAGACUGAAAACGAUGACGGGAAGGAGACAGGUAUAGCUCAGUCAGAAGGUGAUAAAGACUACAACACUGACAAGAAAUCUCUUAACUGCUCUGAAUGUGGUAAAACAUUUGACCCCGACAACCAUGUGCAGAGCCACGCAAGUCCUUCGGGUGACAAACCAACCGUUUGUUUAUUUUGUGUUGGAAGGUCACAUGUAGUCACACUUAGGAGGAAAGGACAUAAAAUCUUCAGAUGUUCCAUCUGUAACAGACAAUUUGUCUACAAAUGCGAUGCUGUGAGACAUAUCAGGAUUCACACAGGCGAGAAACCCUACAGCUGUUCAGUCUGCGGUAAAAGAUUCACACAGAGCACGGGUCUUGUCUCACACAUGAGGAUCCACACAGGAGAGAAGCCACACAGCUGCCCGCUCUGUCCGAAACGGUUCAUCAGGACAGGAGUCCUGGCCAGACACAUGAGAGUUCACACAGGAGAAAAACCUUACAGCUGCUCUGUGUGCAACACGACUUUUAGCCUAAGCCAGUCGUUGUUAAAACACAUGAGGAUCCACACGGGAGAGAAACCAUUCAGCUGCCCAGUCUGCGAUAAGAAAUUUACACAAAAAGGACAUUUGACACAACACAUGACAGUCCACACGGGUAAGAAGUCAUUCAGCUGCCCUGUUUGUGGUAGAAAUUUCACCAGACAGUCACGUGUGAAAAACCAUAAGUGUGUUCCUGAGAGCAGCAUCAGUAAAUAAAAGUGCAGAGCUGUAACUGAGAAACCACUUCUUUUAUCUUACCGUCUGUGCUAGACGGAUUGAGUGGCUGAGGUAGGAAGAACAUGAAUCAGACUCACCUGCAUAAAUGCAGAAUACUGCUCUUUGUGAUAAACUGGUUUUAGUUGCUGUAAAUUGAAAGUUUCAGUUGAACUUUUCCAAAGUGAGCCACCUGUAGCUUUAUGUAUCUCACCAACUGCUGACAGCGGCGUGUCGCAAAGACUUGCGGGGCGGCUGUGGC